GCUGGGAAGGCUCUCACGGCUGGUGAUGAACAAGCCUCACGGCUCUGCAGGAGUCUCUCGCUGCUGGAGCAAAGAAAGCGUCUCCUCUGUUCGGGUGAAGGAGACUCGCGGUUCUGCCAGGAAGAAGACUCAGCUUCUGCGCUGCAACCUCUCGGUUCUGAAGCUGCCAAGACCUGAAGAUGAAGAACCCCUUGCACUGCUGUCUGUUCUGAAGCUGCGAAGACCCAGAUCCAGCGUGCGGUGCUGUUCUCUCCAGGAAACUGCAAACAGAAAUUCAGAAGACCCUCGCGGCUCUCUUCCCUGAACCUGCUGAAACUGAAGUGUCAAGAACCUCUCCUGCCUUGCUCUUUUUCUUGAAGCUGCGAAGAUGCCCAGAUCCGGCGCCCCUGCCCCCUGCUGUGUUUUUAUUCAUUUACAAUUCAUGUCAGGCAAUUACAUCACUGCCCCUAUAACAAAAGUAAACAAAAAACAGCCGUUGGAUUUGGGAAAAGAAAUGGACAGCCUGGAUUCUGUUUCAAGCCUUGACACUCCAACAAUUCUCCACCUUGGCAAGCUUGUAACCCUUGCACCUCCUUAGCAUCUCUCAUGGCGGUUCCUGCAAAACAAAAUACUAACAGCUUCCAAGGUUAACCAAGUUCAAACAAUUUUCAAACUUGGAUUUAGGUACUACUUUAGUCAUCACAUCCGAAGUCCAACUAAUAGCACUACCUAAAAAACAAAAGACCAUACCAGACAAAGAUUUCCUGGUAUCUAGAUUUCCAGUAUAGUCAGAAUCUACAUAUCCUUUUAAUCCUUUUUCACAAUGCAUAUCCUUUUUAUCAAAUAUUAAUCCUUACUGUUUUGUUCCAGACAAGUAUUGAAAAAUUUGUUUCAAAGCAUGCCAAUGUGAUUUUCCAGGUUUGCUUAUAAAUCUACUCACUUGACUUACAGCAUAAGAUAGAUCAGGUCUAGAACAUACCAUAGCAUACAUUACACUACCAACCAUACUAGCAUAAGGUAUUCUAUUCAUAAACAGUGACUCAUCUUCAAUUUCAGGACACUGUUUGCUAGACAACUUAACAUGCUGUGUAACAGAAAUAGAAGUAGAUUUAACAUGACUCAUUCCAAAUCUUUUUAAUACCUUUGAAAGACAAGACUUUUGAGACAAGUAGAGAAGUUUUUUAUUCCUUUCUCUAGUUAUUUCCAUACCAAGUAUCCUUUUAACAGGUCCUAAGUCUUUCAUUUCAAAAUUCAGAUUUGAGCAUGCACUUAACUUGAUUUAACAUAUCCAUGUCUUGACUAGCAACCAACAUGUCAACAACAUAUAAUAACAAAUAUAUAUGACAUUUAUCACAUGAUUUAAAAUAAACACAACCAUCAUAAUUGCUUCUACAGAAAUCAUUUUGAAUCAUGUAAGAAUCAAAUCGUUUAUACCAUUGUCUAGGUGAUUGUUUCAACCUAUAUAAAGAUUUCUUUAAUAAAUAUACAUGAUUUUUAUUCAUAUCCGUAUCAAAGCCCUUGGGAGGUUGCAUAUAAACUGUUUCUUCUAAAGUACCAUGCAAGAAAGCAGCUUCAACAUUAAGUUGUUCCAAAUGCAAGUCAUGUACAGCAACAAAGGAUAAUAGAAUUCUAAUAUAACUAUGCCUCACAAUAGGGAAAAAUAUUUCAAAGUAAUCUACCCCUUCCCUUUGUGUAAAUCCCUUAGCCACUAACCUAGCUAUAUACCUAGGUGGUUCAACUCCAGGGAUUCCCUCUUUCCUCUUAAAAGAUCCACUUGGAUCCUAUGAGUUUUUGUUUUUCUAGUCUAGGUACCAUCACCCAUGUCUCAUUCUUGUUUAAAGACUCCAUUUCUUCUUGCAUUGCAAGAAUCCAUUUUUCAACCUCUUUACUAUCCAUGGCCUCUCUAAAAGUCUUAGGCUCCACCUCAAUUUCUGUUUCAGCAACAGAAAGAGCAAACAUUGUCAUAUCAGCUUCCCCAUACCUUUGAGGAGGUCUUAUGACCCUCCUCUCCCUAUUCCGUGCUAGAAGGUAAGUUUUACUUAAUUCAGAGGUUUCUGUUUCUGAGUUUUGCUCCUCAAAAAACUGUAGCAUCUGUUUCUAAAUGGCUAUGAGAAGUGGAGGGUUGCUCCAUCUCAAGCUGUGGGUCACUGGUAUCAGAGUGUCUAACAGUCUGAAUGUAUGUAAUCAAGUGUCUAUUUCGUGGUGUGAGUGGACUUCUUAAAACUAACCCUAGUAGACUUACCCAAGACACACUCCUCACAGAAUGACAAUUCCUUAAGUUUCCUAUCUCCAAGGAGCCUAUGUAUCUCCAGCUCCUUUAGGCUCUGUAGGCUAACAUGUCCUAGCCUACUAUGCCACAAGGAAACCUAAUUUUCUACCCUGUGAUUGAUAGGUGAAGCCUCACCAAUCACUGUCUUUCCUACCAAGGUGUAUAGCCCAUUCUUUAGCACCCCUUUCAUCACUACUAGUGAACCUCUACAAACUCUUAGGCUACCUCCUUCAGACUUAAACGUGUACCCUGUCUUAUCUAAGCUACCAAGAGAAAUCUAGUUUCUCUUCAGCUCAGGUAUGUACCUCACAUCUCUUAACACUCUCUCCAUCCCAUCUUGCAUUAGAAGUCUCACAGUUCCAAUACCCUGUAUUUUACAUGACUUAUUGUUUCCUAGGAUAACAUGACCUCCUUCUAAGCAUGUAAAGGACUCAAACCAGUUUUUCAAUGGACAUAUGUGGAAGGAACAUCCUGAAUCUAAUAUCCAUUCUUUUCCUGAAUCUCUAUCAGAGACAUUCAACACUUCCGCACUAUCAUACCCAUCUAAAACUACAGCUACCUUACCCUUUGAUUCAGAGGUGGUGGCAUUUGCACCAUUUUUCCUCUCAGGGCAAUCCCUCCUAAAAUGUCCUUCCUUGUGACAUGCAUAAUACUUUAGUGCCUUGCUCUUAGACUUUGAUCUAGACCUCUUGUCUUUUCCUUUCUCAAUCCUCUUUUCAGACCUACCUCUUACAUUUAACCCUUCCCCUGAUCCUAAUUUAGACUCAAACUUAGUGUGCAAUUUCCUAGAGUGCAAAACAGCUUGCACAUCUUCUAAAGUCAGCCUCUCUCUCCCAUACAUCAUAGUUUCUUUAAUAUGGUCAUAUGUGGAAUCAAGAGAACUCAAUAAAAGAAUUGCCUGGUCUUCUUCAUCUAUACUAAUAUCAAUAUUAGCAAGAUCCAAAAGAAUUUUAUUAAAUUCAUCUAAAUGUUCAUCAAUCGAUGUUCCAGGGGUCAUUCUAAAGGUGUAGAGUCUAGUCUUCUUAUGAAGUCUAUUUGCUAGGGAUUUUGUCAUGUACAAACUCUCUAGUUUUGACCACACUCCAGCUGCCGUAUCCUCAUUGGCAACUUCCCUAAGCACUUUGUCUCCUAAGGAUAAGAUAAUGGCACUAUGUGCCUUUUGGAGAAUUUCGGGCUUCACUUUGUCAGUGGAAGGAAAAUCUUGUUUCCCCUCUUGUGUAGUGGAUGCUCCCUUCUUUUCUCCAAGAAGAGCCUCCUCAAGCCCCUGCUGUACCAAGAUGGCACGCAUCAUCUUCCACAAACCAAAGUCAUUUUUUCCGGUGAAUUUUUCUAUUUCAAACCUAGCGGUCCCCAUCGCAUAGCCAGGCUCUGAUACCACUUGAAUGCGUUCUUGUGGAUUGUGACUGUGUGAUUGACAUGUUUAUGCUUUGCUGAAUAUUGAUUGGUGAACAUAUAUUUUUCUUGAUCAGACUUAGCACACAUACACGCAUCAAAAUAAACAGGUUUAUGUUUAGGUGUUUAUUGUGGCUGGUUUGGAAUUAAAUAAAAUUUGAAAAUAGAAUUAGCAAUCAGCUGAAAAUACACGCAACACUGGGUUUCCUAGGCUUGCACGCUAGACUAAUCCCACGCCUACGCUAGCUGUGCCCUCAGCCAACAUGUAAGAGGUAAAUCGCGGAUGUGCGUUGCAGGCGGCAGGGUUUGAACCCCAGACUUCACCUUUGUCCAAAACCGUCUGGAAGAACCUCAAACAAUAUGCUUUCAAAUUGGUUUGUGCUCUUUCAACAAGACUCGAGGCAUUAGUGUCAUCUGUUUUGCAGCUCAGUGAUAAGAUGCCAAAUCCAAUGUCAGAAUCAUCAGUUUUUGUAACAAUUUGUCCUCUCUGCCUAAUAUUUCAUUUACAAUUGGUGGAAAUGUGUUUGCCCUCACCCCUACACAGUUGGCAAGGGAGCUGCAGCUUGAUGCAUAAGCGGAUUCAUAGCCGAUAGCACCUGUUGGAUCUUGGGAGAUGUUUUCAUGGCAAGCUACCAUACUAUAUUCGACUUUGGCAAUUUAAGAGUUGGAUUUGCUAAAGUUGCAUAACUGAAUCAUUCCUCAAUCUUGAAGUUCUUAAAUGGAGUUUUGUUGCUGGUAUUAGUUCAAGUUAUAAUGCUUUAUUGCCAUUCUUUCAAUGAAUAAAAUGAAUUGUCAUUCAUCUAGUAGUUAAUCUACACACUACACAUCGUGGAUUGUUGUUGUGGUUGCAAUAUGAUCACCAUUCCUUGUGUUUUUGAACGGGUUACAUGCAUGAUGUUUGUUUAUUUCAAAACAAUAAAGAUUACCACGAGAAUGAUCUAAUAUUGCAUGUGUAAUAUUAAGUCUGCUCUCUUAGUGACAUUCCAGUGUAAGGAGUGAAUUUUGGGCAGAAAUGUGAGAUCGAUCAUCUUCUGUUGUGUAAUUCAGAUUUAUUUUAGGCCUUGAUGAACCCUCCCAAAAAAAAAAAAAAAAAAAAAGGGUUUUUCAUCUGGAUGGCGGUCCAAUGGAUCACACUUAUAUGUGUUGGAGAAAUUAAAUAUUCUUGAAGUUUGUCUUUUCUCAAAAAAUAAAAAUUAUGGGAGAUACAUUACAUAACUUGCAUUGUUGAAAGAUGAGGAAUUUAAGGUAAUUUGUCAUGUGAUACGAAAAUAUUUCUGAUAUAAUAAUAUACAUAAAAUACAGAUCCCAAAUCUACUAUGGGUUUGAGAUGAUUCCAAUGAUUGGGCUUUUGGUCACUCCAAUUGGAUAGUCUGAAUGAACUUCACUUUACACCACCCAAGCACGUGCUCGUGUGCCACCCUGGAACCAGUUUUAUUAAUUCCCAAGCCAAGUCAUCGCCGCUCUCAGCGGUCAAUGCCGUCGACCCUACUCUCCUUUUGCCACGCAAUUCAAUCCCUCUCCAACUCAAGCAGAGAAAAGAGACGGAAACAGCUAAGAGAGGGAAACCGCUGCCCGCCAAUUUAUUAUUUACUACCGGAUGUUAAAUAUUUCUCCUACUCUGUAUAAAGACGCCCAACCCAAGUGUGCCAAACUACAUAACCCUCGUCUCUCUCUCUCUCUCUCUCUCUCUCUAGAUUAAUGCAAUGCACAAUUUGGCGCAUAGAAUCACUGUGGCAACAACCCCACCAUUUCAAAAACCCAUACUAAAGUCCCUGCCUCUACCUCCUCUUCCUCUGUAUUCUCCAAUGGAGUGGACUAGAGGCCCAACCAUCGGCCGCGGUUCCUCGGCCGCCGUCUCUCUCGCCACCGCCCUCCCCUCCGGCGACCUCUUCGCCGUCAAGUCCGCCGAGCUUUCUCGCUCCGCCUUCCUGCAGAAAGAGCAAAUCCUCCUCUCCCGAUUAAGCUGCCCCCGAAUAGUGAAGUGCUUGGGUUUUGACGUUACUGCCGAGAACAACCACCUCAUGUACAAUCUCUUCAUGGAGUACGUGCCUGGUGGCACCCUUUUUGAUGCUGUUCAGAGGCACGGUGGCUCUCUGGAUGAGAAUCUCAUCGGAUUGUACACUCGUCAGAUUCUACAGGGCUUGCAGUAUCUUCACUGCAGGGGAUUUGUACAUUGUGACGUGAAGAGCCAAAAUGUUUUGAUUGGCAGAGACGGUGCCAAAAUUGCUGACUUGGGUUGUGCUAGAUUGACGGAAGACGUCGCCGGAAAGAGGUCUUCGUUUCCCGGAACGCCAGCUUUCAUGGCGCCCGAGGUUGCGCGCGGAGAAGAACAGGGGUGCCCUGCUGAUGUCUGGGCUGUUGGGUGCACGGUCAUUGAGAUGGCCACCGGGCGUUGCCCCUGGCCAGAGGUGGACGAUCCGGUAUCGGCUCUUUACAGGGUCGGGUUUUCCGGCAACGUGCCGGAGAUUCCUGGGUGGUUGUCGGAAAAUGCGAAGGAUUUUUUGAGCAAGUGUUUGCAGAGAAACGCAGGGAAGCGGUGGACGGUGAAGCAGCUUCUUGAACACCCAUUUGUCAACGAGCUGGAACUGCAAUUGGAUUCUCAUACAAAGGAAGGAAAUGUAAUCACCAGAAGUUCUCCGACCACGGUGUUGGAUCAGGGCUUCUGGGACUCGCUUGAGCCGUCGGAAAGCCUGCCAGAUCCUACCCGGAUCGGGUCGUCGUCGAGUUCUCCGGCAGAUAGGAUUGGGAGAUUGAGUGGCGGUUCAAUGACAGCAGUUGCUGUGCCAAAUCGGGAAUGGGAUGAAGAUUGGGUCACAGUUAGAAUCAACCUUGUCAAUGAAAAUGAAAAUUUUUCAGAUUGGAUGGGUCGUGUUGAAGAUCUUAGGAGGUCAGUUGUCGAGGAAGAUUUGCCGCUCAAGCAGUGCUCUUAUCACAGGACUGAUUGUAGCGGUUGCUUUAGCAUUAAGAGGGGUCUUGAGGUGGCCUCUGACAAGCUUGAAGAUGUUCAUGCAUUAAGAUGUUUUAGUUUUCAGCGAGAAAUGAAAGAGGAGUUCUGUUUUAUACAAUUCAAAUCAUUCUAAAUCUUCUACAUAAUUU